UACACAACCUGGCUCAGAACAAGUUUACCUAUCAAAGUGCAAGCAAAAUUCAAGAGACGUAUGACGUCUCAGUUGAAACAUUGCGACGAUGGGCCACCUCCGGAAGGAUGUACACAAAGCCUUUGGAAAUGACCAACAAUCCACGCAAAAGACCAGGAUUUGUUAUGCAAGAGUCAGUUCAGAGCAUCAAUGAAACGACCUUGAACAACAGAUCACAGAUCUCUGACAACGUUAUCCAAGACACGAAAUUAUCAGUGACAUCAGUUAAGGACUCAAUUGGAGACGCAGGGAUUUUGCUACCCUUUUGGAACGAAUAUACUCUAAAGGAAUCAAAAAAGUGGUGGUUACCCGAAAGGACCGUUUGUGUCGCUUUGGAUCCAAACUUGUGGAGUGGAUCCUUGAAAAAAAACAGCACAUGGCUCGUGAUACUCAGUUCAGAUGUUUGUACCAAUGAUAUGAAGCUGGAGAACUCGCAGAAGACUUGCUUGCAAUCGUCACAGUUUCAAGAAGAAAGUGAAGAAACUUCCAGCAGGCAAGGCACAACGCAUUCGCCUUUAUCCCACCCAGCAGGAGCGGCUGAAACUCAGAAAAUGGAUGGGAACAGCACGAUGAACAUACAAUCAAUGUCUUAUCGCAGUCGAAAAAAAGGGCAUCACACGGGAAAAGAAAGAUUACGAGCGUGGUGUCUCAAUGCCGUAAACUUUAAGAACAAUGCAAAACUUGAGUGGGUUUUAGAAACUCCUUAUGAUAUACGAGAUGAAGCUAUGAAUGACUUGAAGGAUAUUCUUCCAACUUUGCUGCCAAUCGUACAUUCUAAACACUGGGGUAGAUCUCGUGGUGAAUACGCAUUUCUUCAUAAAAUUAAAUCAGCAGAACCUUUUCCAAAACAACUUGAAUAUGAUAGUCGCCUUGUAUUAAAUCGUCCUGGUGAAUUUUAUCUUUGUAUGCCUAAGCCACUUGAAAUAUGGGCCGAAAACCAAGGUGUGAUUGCUUUGGAUCCAGGUGUACGUACUUUCAUGACUGGUUAUGAUCCAAGUGGAAUUGCUAUUAAAUGA